AUGUCUUUUUCCAAAGAGACGGCGAUUCAACAGGUUCUUGACGAGCCGUGUAUGCAGAAACAGCUUGACGCGAUUGCCCGGGCCGUGUUUGCCGGAGUGGACUUGCCCGCCUCGCAGCUGACCGUCCCUGAGCUCCAGAACGCCCUGCUCCUUCACUCAGUGUACACCGGGUCUGGCGGGGAAUUCGACCAGAUCGACCCGAAAUUGCUCAACGAGUACAAAGAUCUGCAGCUGGAGUACCUUCUGCUGAAAAUAUGGAGCGGAAACGACUCCGAGGAUGUGUAUCAGUCGGCAAUCGACGGGAUGGCUGAAUUGUACGAAUCGGAUCCCGCAAAGUGUGAUCAAUUUCCCACGAGUCUGGUGAUUUUCAACCUGAAACACCACUGUGCACAGCAUUUGGUCGCAAACAAGGCGUAUCCCAUGGCAUUGCCAUUUUUGCUCGACAAUUUCCAGAAUAGCAGUCUGGACUUUGCUGCAUCCCCCAAACCUGACCUCCAGCACGGGUUCCGGCUUCUGGUCCAGUGUUUGUUGUUGACACCAUACACGUACAAGAAACUCAACGCUCUGAGGAGUAUCGUGUCCAAGAUCAACGUCCAGCCAUACCAGAUCGAUCCAGAUACCAAAUCAUUACUUGAAAACAUGAACGAUAGACAGCUUUUUCCAAUUAGCAAAACCAUCCUCUCAAAGCUCGUUCCAGAACAAGAACUGGACCAUGCCAUAGAACUUGCGACCGAAUUCAACAUCGUUUCAUUGUCCCAGGUGUUCUCCACCGUGAAAAUACCUACAAUCAAGACCAUAUUCGAGCUCGAACUGGACAACCUCCAACUGUUUGACCUGAUUCUCCAGCUCAUAUCCGACAGAAAAAUCAACGCCGUGGUUGACGAGAUCGACAUGUCCGUUCAUUUCAAUUUACAAAAAGAGGAGAAACUGCUGCCAACGUUGUUGAAACUGCUAGACACUCUAUCUUAA